GAUGAAAUGAAACGUCACCACUAAACGUCAAUGUCAAAUGAAUCCAUAACAAAUUAAUAAAUAGUAGUAGGACUAGCAGAUCCUGCAAUAUUUGUAGCGAAUAAAGAAAUGUGUUCGUGUACUAAAAUAAUAAUAACAGCGUAAUUAAACUCGUGAUAACAAGAUUUCAGAAUGAGGAUUAGGAGAUUGUCAGCUGUGUUUUGGACAACAUGCAUUAUUGCGUUCGUGUUUAUAUUGUAUGUGGUGACUGACUUGAGUUUUAAACUGCCUAGCACUAAACCGGCAGUCCAAGAUUUGGAUAGUUUUCAGACAAAAUGGUCAUCCUUUGAAAACAAGCUUCGGCACAUAGAGAAUGAACUAUACCAGCAUCAUGCCGUUGUUGGUGAGAUUAAAUCUGCUGUAGAUCAGAUUGUGGAGUCCCAAGAGUACCAUCCACCUCAAAAGAGGCCCAAGGAGGUUGUUAUCAAGGAACCUCCAAGAGAAGCCAAGGAGGUUAAAGAGUAUAAAGCAGUUGGCGAUGAGCCACCGAAGAUGAGGAUUCCGUUCAACAUCUCCGCAUGUCCUGCGACAAAGAGAAGUUCAGCUAAAGUUGAUAUUCAGAUGCUAUCAAUGUAUGAGCGGAUCCUGUUCGACGAUUUGGACGGUGGCGUGUGGAAGCAAGGCUGGGAAAUAGAUUAUGAAGAGAGUCAGUGGAACCAAAAGAAUAAGUUGAAAGUAUUUAUAGUUCCACACUCACACAAUGAUCCAGGUUGGAUAAAGACGUUUGAGAAUUACUACAAGGCGCAAACUCGCGCGAUAUUUACAAAUAUGGUAGAGAAACUGUCUGAAGGAAUCGGAAGGAAGUUCAUAUGGGCUGAGAUCAGUUUCUUGGCGUUAUGGUGGAGCAGUGACGCUACUGAUAAGGAUAAGGCUAUAUUCACCAACCUCGUAAAAUCUGGCAAGAUAGAAAUAGUGACAGGAGGAUGGGUGAUGAACGAUGAAGCCAACUCCCAUUGGCUAGCCAUCAUAAAACAGCUGACUACGGGCCACCAAUGGCUAAUAGACAAUAUUGGCUACGUACCGAAGAACGCAUGGUCUAUAGACCCGUUCGGAUACUCUAGUUCCCAACCCUAUCUACUGAAACUAGCUGGAUUGGAGAACUCAGUUAUACAGAGGGUGCAUUAUAGAGUGAAGAAGGAAUUGGCGUCUAAUAAACAGUUAGAGUUCCAUUGGAGACAGCUUUGGGACGGUAUUGGCAAAACGGACAUGUUUACACACAUGAUGCCUUUCUAUUCAUACGACGUGCCGCACUCGUGUGGACCUGACCCAGCGAUAUGCUGUCAGUUUGACUUCAAGCGGCUUCCUGGCAAUGGAGUCACUUGUCCCUGGGGGAAGGCGCCGAGGAAGAUCUUUGAGAAGAAUGUGGAAGAGAGGGCCCGCACUAUCCUAGACCAAUGGCGUAAGAAAGCGCAGUUGUACCGUACCAACGUGCUGAUGUUCCCGCUCGGAGACGACUUCAGAUACGACCGCGCGAACGAGUGGGACAACCAGUACCAGAACUAUGAGAUACUCAUCGAUUUCAUUAAUAAUAACGACGCUUGGAAUGCUGAGGUGCAAUUUGGAACUCUGGAAGAUUAUUUCAAAGCGGUCCACGCCGAGGUGAAGGCCAGCGACUUCCCAGUGCUUUCGGGAGAUUUCUUCACGUAUGCGGAUAGGAACCAACACUACUGGAGUGGAUACUACACGUCUAGGCCUUUCUACAAGAACAUGGACCGAGUCUUGUUGGCUUAUGUCAGGGCGGCCGAGAUAAUAUCAUCCCAAGCCACGUCGUCGGGCGCGGUGUCGCAGAUGAUGUCGCUGCAGCUGCGCGACCGCGUGGAGCAGGCGCGGCGCGCGCUGGCGCUGUUCCAGCACCACGACGGAGUCACCGGCACCUCCAGGGACGAGGUGCGGGAGGACUAUGCUAAGAAAAUGCUAACAGCAAUAAAAUACUCGCAGUCAGCGAUACAACAGGCUGCCUACUACUUGCUAAACCAGCCUCUAAUAGUGGACCAGGCGCAGGACGACAUAUACUUCGACGUAGACGACAUCUGGCGGGUACAUGACGAGAUACCGACGCGUAUCACUAUCGCCCUAGAUGUCGUAUCUCCUUCGAGAAGAAUUGUACUGUACAACGCUCUGGCGUUCAAGAGGCAUGAGAUCUUCACUGUUCUUGUGUCUUCGCCGCAUGUUGAGGUGUUCGACCCCGAAGGCAAUCCGAUGAUGGCCCAAAUAUCCCCAGUAGUGACUGGGGACAAGAGACUGGCGUUUGCCGCCAACAAGUACCAACUGUCAUUCCCGGUCACUCUCGACCCGCUCGCUCUCACCGUGUACACCGUCUCGCUUCGAGACAGCACUCGGCUUAACAAAUACACAUCAUACUCCCACGUGCGAGUGUACAACGCGGACUACUGGACAGUGGACCUGCCGAAGAUGUUCCCCAUAGAACAGCCGGCGGCUCGACUGAUGGAGGACAUCACGGUGCAGGCGGGCAACAGUACCCGCGUCGUGGCCACCAUGGACGGGCUCAUUAAGGCCAUCGUGUCGCCUCAGGGUGUUACCAUGCCUGUACAUAUGGACUUUUCACAAUACGACAGUCAGCGCGGUAAAGACAACAACAGCGGCGCGUACCUGUUCAUCCCGACGGGCCCCGCCACGGACUACAAGGCGUCCGCCUUCCCCGAGAUUGUGGUCACCGAGGGCAUCUACAAAGCCACCAUGUACGCCGCGCUCAACUCGCCUAAAGCCGCAGAUAUUAUUCUAGCUGUGUCAGUAUACAACAACCCCUCCUUACCGCACAGUGAGGUAGAGAUCUGCAACACGUUCAUGAUAGACCCGCAGGUCGAUGACCUCGAGAUCGCGCUCCGGCUGCGGACCGCCGUCAAGAACGGAGACGUCUUCUAUACUGAUCUUAAUGGGAUGCAGAUGAUAAAACGUCGUUACUUCGAGAAGCUGCCGCUGCAGGCGAACUUCUACCCGCUGUCUGCCGCCACAUACAUCGAGGACGGCAAGUCGCGGCUCACUGUACUCACCUCCACUCCGCUCGGUAUGGCCGCGCUACAACCCGGGCAGAUUGAGAUAAUGCAAGACAGAAGACUGAGUCGGGAUGACAACCGAGGACUGGUGCAGGGCGUGCUCGACAAUGUCAGGACGAGGCACACGUUCAAGAUUAUUGUUGAAGAAGCCAAGAAGUAUUGCAGUGAGCAAACAGCAGACCUGCCCUCAGGGCAGCUGACCCUAGGCGCGCACGUGUCGCAGCAGUUGCUGCUGCAGCCUAUUAUCGCCAUGCACUACACGGCCAAGAAGGACGGGCCCCGCCUCGCAUACUCCCGCGUCACCCUCAACGACGCAGACAUCGUACUCGCCUCCUACCACUCGCAUGUUACUGCUAAAAACAAAGACGGCACCGUGUUGCACGGCAUGGGUAUGACGUUGCAGCGCGUGUUGCUGGACACGUGUUACGGCAGCCCCGACAUACACAAACAUUACCGCGCCGGGGACGGACAGAUAUCAAUAUCGGACUUAGUAGACGGCCCGGCGGACAAAGUGUACGACAGCUCGCUAACGUACGUCACGGUGCGGAGCCCCCUGCCCAGCGGGGUGCUGACACUCUGCCCCAUGGAGAUCAGGUCCGUGUUCAUCAACCAAACGCAUAGAAAGUACUAAACAAUACUAUCAUUUUCGAGUAUACCCUAGUACUAUGUAAACCAGUAUAAACUGACCGCUUCAUACGCGGAAUGAUCAUACAAAGCGAGACCUUUGUAAACUGGUAUUUGUUAUAGCUUAGUGAAAGACCUUGUAAUAUACACGGCUAUGCCAAACCAGUAUAAACUGACCGUUGAAUACGCGGAAUGAUCAUACAAAGCGAGGUCAUGAUAAACUGGUUUUAUAUAGCUUAGUGAAAGACUUUGUAAUAUACACAGCUAUGAAAAACCAGUAUAUACUGACCGCUUCAUACGCGGAAUGAUCAUACAACGCGAGAUCAUGAUAAACUGGUUCUUAAUAGCUUAUUGAAAAACCUUGUAAUAUACACAGCUAUGCCAUAACCAGUAUAAAAUGACCGUUGUAUACGUGGAAAGAUGAUACAAAGCGAGGUCAUUGUAAACUGGUUUGUUUAUAGCUUAGUGAAAUACCUUGUAAUAUACACAGCUAUACAAAACCAGUAUAAAGUGAUCGUUGAAUGUGUGUAAGGAUCAUAUAAAGCGAGACCAUGAUACACUAGUUUCCUAUAGCUUAGUGAAAAUCCUUGUAAUAUACACAGCUAUGUGAAACAGUAUAAAGUGACCCCUGAAUGCGCAGAAAGAUCAUAAAAGGUGAGAUCAUUGUAAACUGGUUCUAUAUAGCUUAGUGAAAUACCUUGUAAUAUACACAGCUAUGACAAACCAGUAUAAAAUGACCGUUGAAUACGUGGAGAGGUCAUACAAGGCGAGAUCAUGAUAAACUGGUUUUAUAUAGCUUAGUGAAAUACCUUGUAAUAUACACAGCUAUUGCAAACCAGUAUAAACUGACCCCUGAAUGCGCGGAAAGAUCAUACAAAGCGAGAUCAUGAUAAACUGGUUUUCUAUAGCUUAGUGAAAGAAUAUGCAAUUUUUGUGUAUAAACUCAAAUACAGAGAAUAAAGUUGCUUUAGGUAACAUCAAUGUAUUAAUUGGUCUAUGUAAACAGCAAAUCUUUGUUGCUUUUCAAUAAUAGACUCUAUUUUCAUUCGUUUAGAGCACAAUGUUAUAUGUUCUUUAUAUCGGAUCGUUGUUGGUUCUGUUAAUCAAGAAUUAAUUGAUUUUGAACUUUAAUAACGUGAGAGUAGAGUUGUGUUUUCAAUAAUGAUGUUUGGUCUGCAACUUUGGAGUUUUUGUAAUUGACAUUAAUUGUUAUAAAUUAGAUUAAUUUUCUUUGAAUGAAUGCGAAAGGUUAGUUGAAGAGACACAAGUAUGCGUAGGAGUGUAGCUAGGAAUUUGAAAAAAAAAAUGUUUAAAAAUAUUAAUAACUUUUGUGGUCUGCAGAACUACUACUGAAUAUGUUUCUAUUAGCUUAACUCACACAUGGAAGGUACAUCCAAUAGACUUAGCUACUCCUGUCUUUAUUUAUUCGAUUUUGAACCUUCUGGUUUUGAUAUAAAGUCGAAAAUGCAAUGAGAAAUAAUUACAGUUUGGAGUAGAUUGGGCUGCUAGCAGUUAGAUGAAUGAAAUGUUAAAUAAAAAUGGCUCUAUUCUUGAUUGACAAGUUAAAAAUAUUUUGUUUCAUCUUAUCCAAUCUCUGGUUAAAAGCGAGUGAUCAAUUUUCAAACGUAUUGCUUAAGAUAUAAGAAUGGAAACAGCAUAAAAAUCUGCAUAAUAAAAAGAAAGAAAGCUAAUAAUAUUCAAUCAAAUUUUUAUCUUAUAACAAAGGCAAUAAGGUUGUUAAUUGGUCAACUAGCAGUGUUUGCUUGAACGCAAAAGUUUCGCUUAGAAUUAGAAGUUAGUACGAUUUGACUGAUGUAGCACUUUUUAUAUGGUGAUGAAUGAUUAUUGGAGGUUCUCUAUAAUGAUUAUAAUUGAUUGGGUUUGUCAACCAAUCAGAAAAUUACUGAAAUUUCGACUGAGACAGAUAUCUAUGUGUGAAACUAGACAAAGUGCAUAACCCUUAGUACCAGUUAGCUUUACGUUGAACGCAAAUGAAACGAGAACGCGUUUGGUGCUCUGAGGGCUUAGGACGAGUGUGCUUUACGUUGAAAGAAAACGAAACGAUAACGCAUUCGGCCGGCUCUAAUUGAUCGACUUGAAUAAACCAACCAAUCAAAUCGCCAAACGCGCUCUCGUUUCGAAAACUUCAAAUGUAAAGCAUAUCGUACUAAGGGAACUAUUGGUGGGCACGAAUGAACCAACCAAUCAGAGCGCCGAACACGCUCUCGUUUCAUUUUCGUUCACCGUAAAGCAAGCUCAUACUAUUGGUAUAGAAGAAAGAAAGAAAUUGGCAGAUAACAUCAUUCGAGAAUUUUUAUUAGUUUUUAUUAUCUGUCAUUGUUUAAGAAUAAUAAUAAAAAAUGUUUCAUUGGCACAAAAUUAAUUGUUGUUUGUAUUAAUUUACAUUAUGAAAUAAAUUGAAUUAAAUUAUUAGGCAAUUGUAUUAUUUGAAAUUAUUGUAAUCUAAAUUAUACAGGACUUGUUAAAAUUGAUUAUUUUUUAUUACAAUAUUGAGACAAUGGAUUACUUAUUAUUAUUGUUAUCUAUGUAUAUAUUUUAUUUGAGUAACAUUCGGUUGUGUGGUGCUAUACCAUAUUAUAUUGCCAUCAAAUUGUUUACCACUUAAAGUUAAAUUGUUAAUUUAUUUAGAUUAUAAGUUGAAAAUUUUCGUUUAAAACAUUAACUGCUAAAAGAAAACUGUUGAAGGCAAAUCCUCCGCUAAGCGUCGGUCACCGGUAUCCGACGUGGCGGUUAACGUGUUAAUAACAAAUUUAGCAUAAUUUUAUUAUAUUUAAAUAAAUAAUUUUUAAAUUUAAUGUUACAAAAUCUCCACUAUUAUUGACUCGCGUCAAACAUUUUAGUUUUUAUUUAAGUUUAAGAACAUAACGUAUUGUUUAAUUAAUUAUUUUUAUAUGUAUAUUACCUUGUUAAUUUAAUUUAAUUUUAAUAUUAUUUUAUUGACAUAAAUAUUAUUUUAGUUAAAUAAUUUCAUAUUCAAUUCUCUCUACUCUAAAUAUUAUAUUAUUUGUGACAUUUUAACAAAGAAAAUAUUAUGUUGGCUUGCUAAAAAAAUGAUGUGUAUUUAUUUUGUAUGAAAUGUGCCCAGAUACAAAAUUCUUUAGGUAAGCCUUUAAACCUUGGUACAUUUAUACUCUAACCGUCGUACUCAGAGUCAUUCCUUAGCAAUUUUUUUCGAAUCGAAAUCGUUACUAAGGAAUAGUUUAAGUAAUCAUUAAUUGACUUUGAGUGCGGCAGUUAGGCAGGGUUCACAUAUUACGCAGUUACAAUUUAAUUUAGUUAAUAACUGCCAAUAUUUCCAUCAACUGGUUAUACGAUUUCUAUGUAAUAUAGUUGCUGUAGGUUGAUAUCCUUAGUCAAGUUGAUUAUCUUAGUGCUAAUAAAAGCGAAAUAAACGUAUGGGGAUAAUAUCAUCGUCAUACACAGGUAUGUUAUAUUUGUCCAUUGGUCAAUUUCAAUACCAAAUCUUUAAUUAGUAAGCUAAGCUAAAUUUUUUAAACAUCUAUAAUAUUAAAAUGAUUCGCUAAAUGGGUUGCUGAGCGCUGGCGCUGAGUCUCGGGAACAGCCGAACCGAUUUCGACAUUUCUUUUUUGUUGAGUUUGUUAUAUCGUUCGCUUAGUUAGGUUAUGUAGGAAAAAUCCAAGGCGAAACAAAUUUCGCGGGGUCUGCUAGUUUCACAUAAUUAUGGAAAGGGAGUUAAAUAUCCUUAAAAACAGAUAGAGACAUAUUAUAGAUGCCAAGAUCAUGAAGAUAGUCAACUUGUCUAAGGAUACAAACAUCUAGUUUUUAACAUUUUUGUAUAUAUAAUUUGCACGUAAAUACUUAAUGUUACUAGAAGUAUAGUCACUCAAUGUCGAUGUAUAUUUUGAUUGCAAUGCAUUAUAUUAUGAUAUGAUAAAGUAGUGAGUACGAUUAUUCCGUCGAUUCGAUAUUAAUGACGUCAUAUGUAUUUUUUCUUAUAUAAAAUAUUCAUGGGAUAGUCGCAGCACAAAUUGUAUUUACUUGUGUAAGCGGUACUUAGAAUGAAUGAUGUUUAAUAACUUUAAUGUUAUGUACUAAUACAAAUAUGUUCAGCCUUACGGUGCUUUUCCACUAGAGAUGGUGCUAUGCUACGUUGCUGUGGAUGCGUUUGGCUUCCACCAAUCAUAUUCAUUGGUACACAUAGUUUAGCACUGGUGGAAACGGACUCAGCUAAGUUAUGUUUUUUAUAUGGAAAGAUGUGUGCUAUAGAUGGCUUCCCUACUAUUGAUACAUCGCAUACUCGAGCUGCGUAUCUUCCUCGCACAGCUACAUAGCUUAGUAUCAGUGGAAACGGUCACACAGUUUCACAGCUUACCUAUUACAACUUCGUAGCACAGUUACAUAGCACAUCUCUGGUGGAAAAGCACCCUCAUGCGAUCACAGAAUCACUAUAGUUCCUUUUAAAACCCACGCCUAGAUUUUAUUUAUGAUAUAUUACUCUUGUUCGAUGCAUUUCCGAUGAUAGUAGACUGAUCAAUUAAUUAGAAUUGCAUUUCCUACAAAUAACUACAGUUGCUACUAAUGAUGAUCUUACGUGUCCACUCAGUGGAAGAAUAUUUAUAAAUAAACGUGGAAAGGUACGCGUCCACAGGCCCGCAUCGCACGCAAUGGAUUUUAGUUUAUCUUGUAUAGAAACUCAUACAACUGCGUCCACUGAUCCGCAUCGUACGGACCGCAUCAGUAAUGCCUACAUGCGAUGCGUGCUGAUGACGUCAUACGGAAUGCGUACGAUGCGUGCGAUGCGGGCCUGUGGACGCUUACCUUUACAGCCACAUGGAAGGAUUAUCAAAGUAGCUUCACGUAACCAUAUGCUGUCUAAAUACGAAACACGUAGAGAUCUCAAUAUAUAAAACAUUAAUAUUAUAUUUAAGUAUGUUACAAUUUUCUUAAAACACACGUGUAUGCUACUAAUUGAAUAUGUAUUGAUGAAUUUUCCCUGAAUGAAUUACUAUCUAUGUAAAAUAUUAGUGAGAUUUGUAUUAUACCUGUUUUAUCGUGCAUUUAAUUGUAUUUUGAACUAAUAAUGUAAAUAUAGGAGAUCGUGUUGAAAACUA